UCAGACACAUUUACAGAACCUUACUACAGAAGUUACGACAGCUGCGACCAUGGAGACCAUGGAGAGGAGUUCAGAAAUGACCUGUUUUUCCAUCAAUCUGUUCACUGUGAAUGAGGACCAGGUACAGGGAGAGAUAGAGGUGGCCAAACAGAGGCAACACCAAGGCCUUUCUCUACAGUUGAGCACAGGGCUGGAGGAGACAGAGCUCACUAUUCAGGAUGGUGAUGGGGUCUGUGUUUUCAAAUUCACAGUCACCAGGGAAACAGACUGUUGUCGGGUGGGCACCCAAUCUUUCCUCAUCACCGUUGGCUGCCUGAGUGUUCUCUUGCAGUUCAGAACACAGAGUGAGUUUCAGGAGUUCCACAUACAGCUGAGAAGAGAAGAUAAGUCAGCAGAAAGGCAACAAUCAGUGUUUGACCAGAGAACCGAAGACUCCUCAGCCCUGCAGUACUUCCAGUUUUAUGGCUGUCUAUCACAACAACAGAAUAUGCUCCAGGAUUAUUUGAGGACAGCCACGUAUCAAAAGGCCAUUCUGCUAAACGAGAUGGACUUCAAGGACAAGAUAGUGCUUGAUGUUGGCAGUGGAUCAGGGAUCCUGUCUUUCUUCGCCAUCCAGGCAGGAGCGAAGAGGGUAUAUGCUGUGGAGGCCAGCCCUGUAGCCAAAUUUGCAGAGAUGCUUGUGAAGAGCAAUAGUCUGUCAGAUAGGAUCAUAGUCCUGGCUGGAAAGAUUGAGGAGGUGUCGUGCCCUGAGCAGGUGGACGUGAUCAUCUCAGAGCCCAUUGGCUACAUGCUGCUGAACGAGAGGAUGCUGGAGAGCUACCUCCACUCCAGGAAGUGGCUGAAACCCAAGGGUAUGAUGUUCCCAACCUGUAGUGACAUGCACCUCGCUCCCUUCACUGACGAGCAGCUCUACAUCGAGCACUAUGGACGCUCUAGCUUCUGGCACCAGACCUGUUUCUAUGGGGUUAACCUGAGUGGUCUUCACAGUUCUGCAGUUGAUGAGUUUUUCAAACAGCCCAUAGUUGAUACAUUUGAGAUGUCGAUUCUAAUGGCAAAAUCUGUCAAGCACUGCAUCAAUUUCAUGGAGGCAAAAGAAGAGGACUUACACAGGAUGGAGAUUCCAUUUGUGUUUAAACUGCUCCAGUCUGGAUUGAUCCAUGGGCUGGCCUUCUGGUUUGACGUAGCAUUUAUAGGAUCCAAGAUGACAGUGUGGCUGUCCACUGCUCCUAGUGAACCUCUGACUCACUGGUACCAGGUCCGCUGUCUCUUCCAGACCCCUCUGUUUGGCAAGGUGGGACAGACUCUGUCCGGAUCUGUCCAGUUCAUAGCCAACACAAGGCAGAGCUACGACAUUCACAUCACAGCAGUCGUUGAUCAGUCAGGCUUCAAAUCUGGCAACAGUUUGGAUCUAAAGAACCCUUUCUUCAGGUGA